AGGGAAGUGGAGUCGCAGGCAAUGUGUGAGGAGGCGGCGCCGAAUCGCCGCCUUAUGGGCGCCCCUUCACGCCCCCUGCUGAGAGGGGCGGGCGCCCGAAUGAUGCCAGAGAUGGUGGUGCAAAGUGACUUCCGCAAAGUGAGCGGUAUUUCCACAGAGAUAUUUCGUCAGAUAGAGGCUGUGGAGAAAGACUUCGACCCGCGGGCCGCAGAGGCCGUCGAGAAACGGGGCGAGAUGAUUAUUCGCCUGCUCGACCCGGUUUCUCUCGGCCGUGUCGGCGCCGAAGCCUGUCGCCGCUACCUCAGAUUGGCCGAUGCAAGCCACGUGGUGCAGUUCGUCGAAAUUGUGAAGCGACCAGGACAGACACUGGGUCUGUAUAUCCGUGAGGGCGACCUACUCACACAGAGCGAUGGCGUUUUCAUCUCAAGAAUUGCACUGGAAAGCGCAGUGUACAGUAGUGGGCUCCUCAAGGUGGAGGACGAAAUAUUGGCCGUUAAUUUGGUGGAUGUCCGACACGUGAGUUUGGACGAUGUAGUCAUCAUUAUGUCCAUUCCUCGUCGUCUAGUAUUGACCAUUCGCUCUCGCAUCAGUGGUCGUAUGACUGCUGCCAUGGCAGCAAGGCCGGCUAUUGAUGAAGUUCGCCCACCCGUUGUAGUUGUCAAGAAAGAAUUUGUCGAAGAGCCUAGUGACGAUUACUCUGGGCCUAAUGACUGGAUGAGAGGAACACCAGGUAGAACCCAAGUCAUGCUGGAACAGCACCAUCAAGUGACUAACCAAAGACAGCAGCCCGAUGUUGCUCCUUACUAUUACAACGUAGCCCAGAUGGGUCAUAUGGGGCCACCAAAAUCGCAAGAGGAAUCCAGAAUGAUGUGGGGAGAACAACGGGGACCUCAAACUGUAUUGACCAGACAGCCCAAACCUCAACCUAGCUUCCCAACUACUUUGCAGUCUUUAGCGGAACAAGUAGGAACUCACAACGUUCACACAUUCCAUGCAGAGCCCACGGAUCCACGUAGACUUUUCUUCCCUCCCCAACAGCAGCAAGUCCACCCCAGGAGUGAACGCAGUUUGCCAGAAAGAUAUCGAUACCUGGAUGAUCCCACGCUUAGAACGCGUUCGACUAGGCUUCUAAGGACCGAAAGUGAGCAGAGAAUUUCGACUCUGGGAUCUGAUGCAUACGAUCGUUAUUACUCCCUUGGUAGACCUCUUCGAAGGUCUGGAUCUGGACUUUCGGUCACAAUGCAGCGGAGAGGGAGACCGAGAAGGGCCACUGACGAGAUAACACAGCCACUGCAGCCUCAGUCUGUCGCUACUUUGACCAAUAGACGUCGCCCUAACAUAGAAGGCAGCGCUUCUGACACUGAGGCAAAUGACAGCACGAAGAACACUCUGGCGCAAAGACAACGUGGUGCAUCAAGACCCUCUUUUCCGCCACCAAGGGCUUACGGUGGAACUCAAGCUGCUCGCAGUAACUCGCUUCCGAGAGUUCGGAUGUCUGAAAUGGAUUUUCGUAGAUUCCAGCAGAUAACACAACAGCAGCAACAGCCACAGUCGGCAACAGUCAGGUUGUUACCUUAUGAUUCACAGUCGGACAGCGAUGGAGCACUUUCAGCCCCAGAACUUCCUGCAACUCGAAGUGGCAGAAGAGACAGAGCUCGCCGUAUGACUUCACCAAUCUUUACUUCGACGGAGUAUAGCCAAUGGUUGACAAGGGCACCUUCCACAUCUGCCUUGUACGACCGAACCAGAAAAGCCCCAGGAGUUAGACCUCAACUUCCCCGAAGCGUCCAUAGCGCCGAAUCACUUUUAGACAGAUUGAAACAG